AUGGAGGGACCAGGUGAAACGAACUUACAACCGCCAUUGACUAACCCAUUUCCGGAUUUAGAUAAUGUCUUGGCGUGUAAAUGGGAAGAAAUAUGUAAAAGUGGGGCUCUAGCUUCCUUGUCGUCUUAUGAACAACCAAAUAUGGAAACAGGAGCGGAUGCGGAAAUGGAUAAUAAUAGUAAUGAUGAGGGGGAUAUCAUCGAGAACAGCGGUUGGUACAAAUUAGUUGAAUUAAGAGACCUUGCCUCAAAUAUUCAGCCGCAUCCCUAUCGUUACAGCAUGAAUCAGAUUUGCUAUCAUUAUACUAAAAACCCAAAAUAUAUUUGUGAAUAA